AUGGCUACUAGAUCCAUGACUCAAACUGAAGAUUUCAAUAAACAAUCUCAUCUACACUAUAGUUGUUCUCUUGUAAGUAAAACUGAAGAAUCAAAAAAUCUGAUCGCGCUAGGUACACGUGUUUUAAAAGAAGAAUCGAAUAUUGAAAAAAAGAAAUAUUGUUUCAAUGAAUCGGAAACAAUAAAGCAAUAUCGAAUUCAAAGUCUUAGUCAUUGGCCACAUUUUAUACCAAAUAAAGAAUCGAUGAUAUCUGCUGGUUGGUUUUCAUGUAAUAUAAACGACCGAGUACUUUGUCUUUAUUGUCAUAAAGCGUGUCAACAGUGGACAAUAAAUGAUGAUCCCAGUGAAGUUCAUCAGCGAAUUUCUCCUCAAUGCCCAUUUGUUCUUUCGAUGCCUUCAAAAAAAUGCUCUCCAAAAAUAAUUAAUGAUAAAUUAGACGAAGACUUUCAACCAUCACAUCCAACAAUGGCUGAAAUAUCAAAACGAGAAGCAACAUUUUCUAAAAUUAUUUGGCCUGAAAAUUCACCAAGUAUUGAAAAUUUGGUUCGUGCAGGAUUUUAUUGUACUGGUGUUCCAAAUGAAGUGACAUGUUUUUAUUGCAAUGGUUCAUUGCAUAAAUGGGGUCCUAACGAUAAUCCAAUGGUUGAACAUGCUCGAUGGUUUCCUCAUUGUGAUUAUGCUAAACAUCUAUGUGGAAAUAAUUUAUACGGAAAGAUUCAAAGUUCAAAGAAAAACCUUUUAGCAGAAAAUAAAAUUGAUCCAAAUGAAUUGAGGCGUUUAGUUAUAGCACGGCUUGAUUUACCUGCAGUUAAACGUCUUCGUUCACAAUAUUCAUUAUCAUUGAUUAAACGUUGUAUCGAAGAUCAAUUUAAGAUAAGAAAUGAUGAUUUUGAGUCAGAUAGUGAUUUAUCCAUGGCUUGUCUUGUUCUACAAAAACAAAUUGAUAUACUUCAAAAUUCUAAACACAAUUUUAUAAUUCCAUCAAACGAUCAACAAUUGAACAAUUCAUCUCAACCUGCUAAGAAAUCAUUGGGUGAAUGUUUUAUAUGUCUUACUGAAGAGAAAAAGCUAGCCUGUAUGCCAUGUGGACAUUUAUGUGCUUGUGUGCCGUGUGGAUAUGCACUUAAAUCAUGUCCUAUUUGUCGACAACAUAUUAAAGGUUUCAUCAGCGUUAGUGCAUAG